GAAAAAUCGAAUUUUUCCUAUCAAAUCGACUGAAGUUUACACGGGCGAAGUAUUACAGAAGUUUAGCUCAAGCGGUUACACAACAUGCAAUAAGUAAAUUAACCACAUAAAAACACUAAGUCUGAGGAAGAUACUCGCCUUCAUCAAAUGCCCAUGCAUGCUGAAGACGGAACUGAAACUGAUGAUGAGGAGUCCAUCCCAGACAGACAGUAGCAUCGUAAGGAUCGUACUACAUAGAGACGUCAAGUCAAUUAAAACGCCAGGAAGCCUUUUAUGUUAAUUGAGAGUGGAGAAGGAAAAUAACAUUUUGCUAAACUAGCCUAGAGAUCGAAAUAUUUAUAAUACAUCAAAAUGACUGUGGAUUUCAACGAUUAUUUUUGGGGCGAGAAGAACAAUGGUUACGAUGUCUUGUACCACAACAUGAAGUUUGGCCUGGUGGCCAGCAAGGAGUUGUCUGAGUUUUUGCGAGAAAAAUCUAACAUUGAAGAGCAAAACUCAAAGAUGAUGUCCAAGUUGGCCCACAAGGCUGGGACGUUGAAUAGUACAUUUGCUCCCGUUUGGACUAUACUGCGAACCUCGGCGGAAAAGCUCUCCACCCUUCAUUUGCAGAUGGUACAGAAGCUGACCGAGCUGGUAAAGGAUGUGGCCAAGUAUGCCGACGAGUUGCACAAGAAGCACAAAUCUGUCAAGGAGGAGGAAUCGCAGACCCUUGAAUGUGUCCAAGCCAUACAAACGUCAACAGUGGCAGUGCAAAAGUUGCGCGACCUUUAUGUCAGCAAGGUCCAGGAGUUGGAGAAGUUACGCAAAGACAAUGGCUCGCACAAGGAUGCCGAGAAGCUGGAGGGAAAACUGAAAAAACUUCAGGAGGAAUAUAAGGCUUUGUUGGACAAGCAUAACCCCAUUAAGAAUGAAUUCGAAAGACGUAUGACACAAACCUGCAAGCGCUUUCAAGAGAUUGAGGAGGUGCAUCUUCGCCAGAUGAAGGAGUUUCUGUCCACCUAUCUAGAAAUGCUGCAGAACAAUCAUGACAUGGUAGGUCAAGUACAUUCCGACUUUAAGAGGCAGUUCGUCGACAUGUCUGUUGAUAAACUCCUGGAACAGUUUGUGCUCAACAAGUACACAGGUCUGGAGAAGCCAGAAAUGCCUGAACUGGAGUAUGUAGCCUUGUCGAGUGGGUCUCGACUUCAGCCUCAUGUCUCGGCGACUGCAUCUAACUCAAAUUCGGCUACCAGCAUUCAGGCAGCUCUGCGGGCUGGAAAUGCAGCAGCAGCAGCGUCAGGCAGCGUGGUGUCCAUGGAUCAGCGUGGUGAUGCCUUGGCAGCCAUCUCACUUGGCAGCGGAAGUGCAGCUAGUGGCAGUAUUCCCUAUACCGAGGAUCCAAUACUGGGAGCCAUGGGUUCGCCUCGUCCCACUUCGCCUGAUGUGUUAGCGGGAGGAAACGCAACGGCGGAGCAGCCGGCUGGCGGAGCAACGUCCACGGUGAAGAGCAUUCGAUCGUGGUUUAUGCCAAAUGCCAAACCACAGCCAUCAACUAGCGCCGGAAAUUUCGGUAUGAGCGGAAGCGGAAGUGGCAGCACCAACAAUACCACCACCACGACAACAACAGCAAUCAACAAUAGCAACAACUUAAACACCAACAACACAACAGCAACAACUACAACAACAACUGGCACGAAUAAUCUCACCACCAAUAUCACCAAAAAUUCCCCUAAUUCUGAGGAUACUAGCAAUCAAGAUCAGGCACCACAGCAACCCGCAGAGACCUUAACUCCAACCGCAAGUGCCACUGCAAUUGCAACGGCGAGUGCGCCUGGCAAGAAGCAAUUGAAUGCAACGACAAGCGAGCAGCAGCUAUCGAAAUCAUUAAAUGAGCAAGAUCAUCUACAACAGACUGCAACAGCUACGGCAGCAACAUCUGCAGCAGCACCAACCGCCACAACGACAACGUCCAGACGUGCAACGUCACUUUUAAAUAUAUUCACAUCAAACUCUCAGGUCUCUGGCAUUUUACGAAGUCGGCGCGACAAGACAAAAACCAAAAAGGCUAAGAAAAAGAAAGACAACGAGGCCGCCGAGCACAUACAGGAGGAGCGUCUCACCAGUUUGGAACGAGCCAAUAACACACUGCUGGACUAUGACGACCAUGGACGCAGCAUGAAGACACAAAAUUCCAGUGGCAGUAGCGCAGGCGGUGGAUUGGCCGCUCUGUCGGUGACUUCGGCUCAAGGAAGCGUCGAUUCGGCGGGUGCAAGCAGCAUGGGCGGCAGCGGAGGUGCCGCAGGUGCCAGUGGGAGCCUUCCCAAUGCAGGUGUCCUAACUAACUUGGCAUCGACCACAGCUCCAGGCGCCUCAAGUGGCACUGGAACUGGCUAUGAGGUCGACGAGGAGGGAUUCAGCAUACAACCGGCAAAGGAAAUUGCGUGGGAAGAGGGUCAGGAUAAAUCUGGCAGUUUCUAUUCCGACUCGGAUACGGACUCCGACAAUGACAAACAGGAGCGACGGAUUCAUGUAAGCAUUAAACCCUUGAAGAAUGGUCAGGCGCCCAUGUCGGCUAGCGUGGACGAGCUUCGUGCCACAGUUGAGAACAUUUCGCUUUCCCCAACUGGAGUAUUUUCACAUCACAGCCAACAGUUGCAGGCAGCCAGAGGUGCUCCGGCGUCACGUCAGCAGUCUCCAGAGAUAUCGAAUGCCUCCACUCCCACGGCCAGUGUGCAUCCUUAUGCACCGCUGCAGAGUCCAACACUUUCCAACAAUAAUAACGCAAACAACACGAUCAACAGUCGAUAUGCGGACCUGGGCGAUAUCUUCUCAGAGCUGGGUGACAUGAGCAUGUCAGCGCCCUCAUCGGCGACGCUAGGAAAACCGCCAGGCAGACAAAUACCAACACCUACAUCAGCAUCUACAGGUGGAAGCAUAGCCAUACCACGUCCACCAUCACGACGCUCUGAUAUGAUAGCUAUUGGACCGGCGGCAACCGGGACAGCUCCGGGUCGCGGAAGAAUGUCUCCGGCUCCGGUGACGGCUAUGAAUCGAGCCGAGAGCAUUGGCAGUCUCGAGUUUCGCACGGCCAUAGGGGUGGGUUCUUCGAGAGGACCGUCUCCACUCACAAUCGGUAUUUCGGACACCAUACCGCUGGCGGUAGCAUUCCACGAAAUCAUUCACGCCUAUUUCCGGGGCAGCGAUGAAUCGCGCUGCCAGGUGAAGGUGUCCGGUGAUAUGAUGCUAUCAUUCCCAGCCGGCAUUGCCGGCCUUUUAGCCAAUAAUCCCAAUCCAGCCAAGCUGGGUUUUCGCAUUAAGCACGUUCAGAAUUUGGAGAACCUGGUGCCAAACGGAAAACUGGUGCAAAUAGAUCGUCAGCAGUCGAGCACUGUAAGCACCAUGCUGGAGUUUAAUAUGAGUGCUUUGACGGCCCUCCUUCGAAGGCAGGCUGAGAAUAACCCGGCAGCCUCCUACUUCAACGUGGACAUACUGAAGUAUCAGGUGCGCACCAAGCCGGGUGCUAGCUCAUGUCCUUUUCAAUUGGUUAGCUACUGGAAGUGCGAGUCCAGCUACACGGCCCUCAAAGUGGACUACAAGUACAAUAACCAUGCCAUGGCCAGUGCUUCACCACUGCUGAACGUGACACUCUCGGUGCCUGUUAACGGAUCAGUGCGUAAUGUUCAGUCCAAGCCGCAUUCCGCCUGGUUAGGUGAAUCGAAUCGUUUGGUGUGGAACUUUACAGAUAUUUCUCAGAAUUCACAAGACGGCGGAGUGGGAACACUGCGCGCACGCUUGGAGCUCAACGAUGGUCCUUCGACGCCUGCUCUCUUGGCCACCCAGUUCAAUUGCGAAGGCACCACACUUUCGGGCAUAGAAUUCGAACUUCAGGGCAGCGGCUAUCGCUUAUCACUGGUCAAACGGCGAUUCGUUUCCGGAAAAUAUGUAUGUGAGGGCGAUGGCAUUCGCAGUGGAGCUACACCCACGCCUCCGUCGGUGGGUUCAACAAGUCCUUACUCGGCGAAGUCAAAUUAGUUGCUCUACAUUCAAUAGACGAAAUAUUGGAACGGAAAAUGGCAAUAUGGCAAUAGGCUCGUGAAAAACUAGAGAAAUUUUUGUAACUAAUCUUAAAUAUGAGACAAACACAUACACACUCAAACCAUAUUUAAUUAGGCACAGGAAUAGAGGAGCCGCCUUAGUUUUCUCUGAGCUUUUUAUUAUCAACCCUUCUCUUGAUUCCGAUUUUGAUAACAAUGUGCGGAAUGCGGAUUGAUAAACUUUAAAUUUUCCACUGCUUUUAAAUGACAAGGUUUUGGAAAAAUGAAAUCGUUUAUAUUCGUAUUCCGCCAAUUGAAAUCCAAAAGGAAUUUAAAAGUUGUCUUAUUAUGUAUUUUUAUACACUUGGAAAACUGUUUUUCACGCGAAAUGUUGAAUCUGCCUGCUAGGGCUCCAAGAUGCGGGUCUGCUAAAUCUGGAUGUAUUAUUUGUUAUAUAUACGUAUGCGAGUAUAUAUUAUUAAAAUGUAUUUAUUAUGUUUAACUGAAUAUGAUGUAAACGAACGAUAUUGUAUGUAGCUAUGUAGAUAUCUAAAAAACCACACACCAAACGUUGAUUUUAUGUUCACUUUUGUACACACAACCAAAUCCAAAUGUAUUAAAUGUAAGAUACAAAACCUG